UAAGAAUCUUCAAGAAAUCUUCUAUCCCAGGAGUUGUUAUCACCCAGUUUGUGAAUGAUGUUCCAAAAGGAUGCAGCACCCCUGACUUUGAGAAGAAACCUGUCACUCUGACACUGCAGGAAGGUAAAAAUGCCAUUUUCAGAGCUGUGGUCAAAGGUGUCCCAACCCCUGAGGUGAAAUGGUCACGUGCACAGAUAGGAUUGGAUGACCCUACCAAAUAUGAGAUGUCCUUCAAUAAAGCUACAAAUGAAUUCAUUCUGCAGAUAAAGAACUUGGCAGUGACUGACAGUGACUUGUAUCGCUGCUGUGCUGUGAAUGAAUACGGAGAAGCCUCGUGCUCUGCUGGCCUCAGGAUCAUCCAAGAGCUCAGAAAGACACUCCAGGACUCUAAGAAGCUGCUGAAGAAGAGGGUCACAGCACCAAAACCCAAAACUGUGGACAAGGAAGUUGUCUGGCAGCUGCUGCUGCAUGCAGACAAGAAAGACUAUGAGAAAAUCUGCAUUAAAUAUGGCAUUGUUGACUUCCGUGGGAUGCUGAGGAAGCUGCAGGAGAUGAGGAAGGACUCGGAGAGUGAACAAGAUGAGUUAAUUCACAGUAUUAAAAACUUGGAACACAUCAGAGUCGACAAGGAGGGAAAUGCCACGUUCAGCCUGGAGAUGGAGCUGAAAAACAGCAACAGCAACGUGUAUCUGCUCAAGGAUGGAGAGCGGCUCAGGUAUGGCACAGGGGAUGAGUACAGAAAGCACUGCCUGAGGAGAAUUGGGAAGAGGUACCAGUUCAUCAUCAAUGAUGUGCAGCCAGAGGAUGCAGGAUUGUACCAAGUCAGGGUGGAGGAUGUCCCUGUUUUCUCAACUGAGCUGGAUGCUGAAGCCAUCCCAGCACGGUUUGCCAAGCCGCUCGGGGACGUGCGCUGUGCCGAGGACGGAGACGCCGUGUUCAAGUGUGUCCUGCGCACGCCCUGCCACGAGGCCGUGUGGCUGCACAAGGCCCACCCUCUGGUGAGGGGUGACAAGCACCAGAUCUCUGUCUCACCUGAUGGGCUGACCCACAAGCUGACAGUCAAGAACGUGGUGCCCUCAGACAGUGGCAUGUACACUCUGGACGCGGGACACGGCUCGUCCAGCGCGUGGCUUGUGGUGGAGUCACCACGGUGUUACCUCAACAAGCAGCUGCUGAACGUCCGAGUGGUGAAGGGAGAACCAGCUGAGCUCUCCUGCACUGUCAGCAAAGAUGAUGUGACAGGAACCUGGUUUAAAGAUGGAUUAAAGCUGACAAGCAUGGAUGGAGUCAUCUUUGAAAAGAAUGGCCUAGUCCACAAACUCAUUAUUAAUAGAGCAGAAGAUAUUCAUGCUGGGAAAUACAGGUUUGAAGGAGGAGAUAUAAAAACAGAAGCUGCAAUUUUUGUUGAAGAUCCUCCACAGGUUGACAAAGUUCUCCUCAAGAACUUAAGCAGUGUCCCCACUGUGGCCAAGGCUGGGCAGGCAGUGAGGAUCAAGAUCCCCUUCGAGGGGAGGCUGCCUGUGAGGGCAGCGUGGCUGAAGGACAAGAUGGAGUUGGCCGAUGACACACGGAUCCGUGUGGAUAAAACAGACACCUACACCAUGCUGUCCAUCCCCAGCAGCGAGAGGAAGGACUGUGGGGAGUACAAAGUCAGGCUGAAGAAUGACAGUGGAGUCCUGGAGAUCAACUUAAAGCUUGUGGUGCUAGACAAGCCACAGCCACCAGCAGGGCCUAUCAAAGUGGAAAGUUCUGCAAACAACAUCACCAUCCACUGGCAGCCCCCGAAGGAUGAUGGGGGCAAACCAGUGCAGAGGUACAUUGUGGAGAGGCAGCAGGUGGGCAGGAACGACUGGGAGACUUUGGGAGAGACCCCCAGGAGCUGCACCACCUUCACUACCAACAAAGUGGAGGAAGACUCAAGCUACUACUUCAGGGUGAGAGCUGUGAGUGCUGAGGGAGCGAGUGAUGCCCUGGAGUCAGGUGAAGUGAAGGCUCUUGGCAAAGCUUCUCCUGGAGCCCCAGAUCCCCCUGAGAUUGUCAGUGCCACCAAGGACAGCAUCACAAUCUCCUGGAAAGCUCCUGGUAAAACUGGCACCUCACAGAUCGUGGGCUAUGUUGUGCAGAAGCGCAAGAAGGGCACUGUGACGUGGCUGCCAGUCAGCAAGGUCCCUGUCAGAGAGAAGAAGCUGAAGGUGACCAGCCUCAAGCAGGGGCUGCAGUAUGAAUUCCGUGUGGCUGCUGUCAAUGCCUCUGGCACAGGAGACCUCAGUGCCCCCUCUCAGCCUGUCUUUGCAAGGGACCCCAUGAAAUCUCCAGGUCAAGUGCAGGACCUCAAGGUGAGCAGCAGUGACAGCUCCUCUGUCACCUUGACAUGGAACAGACCUGAAGCAAAGGAUGGGAGUGAUGUGAAAGGCUAUGAGGUGGAGAUGAGGCCUUCAAACAGCCUCAGCUGGACCAAAUGCCUCACCCUUUCUGCAGAGACCACCACCUGCACAGUCAAGGGCCUCCAAGCCAAGGAGAAGUACCUCCUGCGUGUGAGGGCCCUCAAUGACAGUGGCCCAGGAGAAGCCACAGAGCUCGAGGCCUGUGUCAAAGCUGCUGCCCCUGUGGUUCCCCCCAGGUUGCUAAUAGAUGCCACGGUGAAAAGCCUCCUGGUUGUAAGAGCAGGAAAUGCCAUCAAGGUGAAAAUUCCCUUUGAGGGAUCUCCAGACCCAGUGGUGACCUGGUUGAAGGAUGGGCUCCCUCUUCCCAGCCAGGCUGCCAUAAGCACAGAGGAUGGAACCAUCCAACUGCUGAUUGGGGCAGCUGAGUUCUCCCACAGCGGCACCUACACCGUGGAGCUCCAGAACGGCCUGGGGAAGAGAGAAACCUUCAGCUUCCAGGUUCAAAUCACAGACAUCCCACAGUCUCCUGGAGCUAUUCAUUUGGAAGAGAAUGUGCCAAACACUGUGACAGUGGCCUGGGAACCAUCAGCAUCCGAGAAGUGGGAGAAGAACCUCUACUACACUGUCCUGAAACGUGAAUCCCAGAAGGGGAUGUGGCGUGUGGUGGGUGACCUAAUCUACAACAACAAGUUCACCUUCACCACCCUGAUCCCAGGCAGGGACUACUACUUCAGGGUUAUGGCCAAAAACAGCCUGGGAGCCAGUGAUCCCUCCGAGACUGUGCAGCCCUGGAGGAUUCGGAAGGCAAAGGCUGAAUUUCAAGUCAAACCCCAGAAGUACAGAGGAGUUAACCAGAACCAGCACCCCAGAUUCCUUGUCCCCCUGAAGCCUCACGUGGUGGUCUCAGGCAGUGAGUGCCACAUGAGCUGUGCUGUUGGGGGUCACCCACCCCCUAAAGUCACCUGGUACAAGGACAACAGAGACCUCUCCAAUGAUCCUAACUACUUCUGCACAAACGACUUUGGGGUGUGCUCCCUGGUCAUCCUGGGGGUCACAAAGCAGGAUGUAGGGGAGUACAUGGUAGAAGCCACCAAUGAAGUGGGUCAGGCAUUCAGCAAAGCCUUCCUUGCCAUCAAAG